GAGGUGGGGUCCAUGUGUGCACGUGGUGGUCGGUCGGCGGUAAUUUUUAGAGGCACCGGGACACUGAAGAUGUUGGCAUUCGUUCCAAACAUCUCGUGGUGAUAGCGUGUGCUCUCUCGGCGUCCCUCACGGCCAAAAUUUCGAUUUCAAUUGGACACAAAAAAAAAAAAACGUUAGGGCGUCGGGCCUUAUUGUACAUUUCGCUGAACCUUAUAUUGCUGUCACGUUGGGCUAGUUGUACUGUCAUUAGCGUUCGUUGGAUUUGCAAUUACAAGAUCGCGAUCCUCUAGUGAAAUUCGCAGCUCAAGUGUUUCUUUAAAUUGCAUCACACAAUCCCCGACCUUUUUUUUUUUUUUUAAUCGAACAGUCUGCCUGUCGGAUCAUCAGGAUCAAAAAAAUGCCUAAAUCGUUCCUGUUUACUCAUCGACGUUACAACAUCAGCCCCGUUCCUGCCGAAGAGGCAGCAACGAUUGCAUCAUCGAUCAGGAAUGCUAAAGAUGACGUCCCUGCUGUUGUCUCCGUGGUCAAACAAGUCCAGCAACCACAGCGUUGCAAUCAGCAACAACAUCGGAAGGCGGGCAGCAAUCCGCAAACCUAUCCAGCGUUCCCUCUGUCGCCUGGCCAAGGAACUGUAGCCGAGCUCAAGUCACCUGGACGGCCGCAAUCUGCCCGCAUUUCUCCCGUCAUAGGCAGUGGUAGUGCUGGGACACCUGAUGGCCGCCUCCAGCACCACGGCACUACGAUACCCGAAGAGAUGUACAAUCUGUUCCAGUUGGCCGAAGUCAGUCUGGCUACUUCAGGCGGGACUGAAUUCCGUUCCGUGCUGGAACGCUGGCGCCAUCAGCAGCAAGGCUUGGUGAUGGCGCGAGCCUUGAAAAGCCCAGUUGUCAAAAUGCUGGACAUGUCCAACUGCUCCAGUCAUUCAACGCCCGUGCUGGAUAAGCCGCUGGAUUUGAGCCGCGACCCAGCAACAACGGCCACGGCCAGCGAAGUCCGCAUUUUGACACCGUCGCCAUCACCGACUCCAUCCGAGACUCAUCUCACCAUUAAUCUCGGCCUGCGCAAGAAAUCACCGCAAUCCAGCAGGGCCGCCUCGUCUGAAGCGGACGACGAUGAAGACGACGACGAUGAUGAAGAUGUCGAUGAAAUGGAUGCCACAGAUUCUUGCUGGUCACCUCACGAUGUCACUUCGUGCAAGUCCGUCUCUGUCGCUGUGAAAGGGCCAGGUGCAAGCAAUAGCAGCAACAGUGGCGACAGUCACACAGGGCCAGACGGACAUGAAUGUCCUGAUUGUGGAAAGCGUUACAGCACUUCAUCCAACCUGGCCAGACAUCGACAGACUCACCGAUCACCAGCUGAUCAAAAGGCGAGACGCUGUCCUCAUUGUGACAAAGUUUACGUUUCAGUUCCAGCUUUCUCAAUGCACGUCCGCACUCACAGCCAGGGUUGCAAGUGUCCUUACUGCGGUAAAUCAUUUUCCAGGCCGUGGCUGUUACAGGGCCACAUACGAACUCAUACGGGCGAGAAGCCGUUUACCUGCCAAAUAUGCGAAAAGGCUUUCGCCGACAAGUCCAAUCUGCGCGCACACAUUCAGACUCAUUCCAAUUUGAAGCCGUUCACGUGCCAACGUUGCGGCAAAGCCUUCGCUCUCAAGUCCUAUCUCUACAAGCACGAAGAGUCGUCGUGCAUGAAAAUGGUCACCAAAGGUCCCGCUCCUGAUCCCAAAGACGAUUAAAAAUCCAGUCAGUUCAAUAGCCCUAUAACACUAAAGAUACAAAGAUUAGUCUCGAUCGGCUCUUAUUGCCAAAAUUAUACAUACUUACGAUUCUCUCCAUUGAUAGACAUUUAGGAUUCGCCAUUUUUUUAUGCAAAAAGGACCUGGUUUUUAUAAGAGCAUUAUAAAUUUAAAGGAAAAAAAAAGGAUGAUUAUUCUAAGUCCCGUAAAACUGUGUGUAGAUAGAAGUAAGUGUUUCUCCUUUUUUUUUUCCUCUUCUGUUUUCAAAUACUUGGUAUAUUGAAAUCAUAACAAACAGCUAGGCACUCCAAAGAAAAAUGUGUUUUGCGGUCAAACUGUUCUAGC